CAUAAAGGCAAAAGGGGUAAGGUAAGGAGGUUUGACGCGAGAUAGGGCUUAAACAAAGGGCAAGCCUCCCAGAUAACAUUCCACUCUACUACAUAAGACGCGCACUCGCAACAGGGGAAGCAACACACCACUGCAACCUCAUCAUUUCAAGCCCAACAAAGCACAGAAACAAAAAAGGGAAAGCAGAAAAGAAAAAGAGAGAGAGAGAGAGAAAAAGGGGAUAACAAACAGAGAUUUUCGAAGGAAGAAGAAGGGUUUGUUUGUGUUUAGAGUUUGGACAGGAUGCAGAGUGAGCAACAGAGCAACAACAACAGCAACAACCAGUUGGUAGUGCAGAAUUCGGGGAGCUUGAGCUUCAGCAGCCAUUUGUCGAAGGAAGAUGAAGAGAUGUCAAGGUCUGCUCUUUCCACCUUCAGGGCCAAGGAGGAAGAGAUUGAAAGGAAGAAGAUGGAGGUCAGAGAAAAGGUUCAGCUUCAGUUGGGUCGCGUCGAGGAAGAAACCAAACGUCUUGCCACCAUUCGUGAGGAGCUGGAAGCCCUGGCAGAUCCAAUGAGGAAAGAAGUUGCACUUGUUCGAAAAAAGAUCGAUUCCGUAAACAAAGAAUUAAAGCCACUGGGUCAUGCCUGCCAGAAGAAGGAGAAAGAAUACAAAGACGCCCUCGAAGCUUUUAAUGAAAAGAACAGAGAAAAAGUACAGCUAAUCACCAAGUUAAUGGAGUUGGUGAGUGAAAGUGAAAGAUUGAGGAUGAAGAAGCUGGAGGAGCUGAGCAAGAACGUAGAUUCGUUGCAAUGAUUUAGCGAAGUGCUAAUGACUCUGAUUAGCCUUGUGUGGUAUAUUAAAGAUGACAUAGUAUAUUUUGAUAUGUAUGGGGUGUUUUGUGGUUUGUAAUUUUGUGGUGUUGAUGUUUGUGUUAACUAGCAUUUCAUGGAUAAUCAAUCAGCUAAUUUAGGGAGGGAUAUAUUACCCUACAAACAGGCAGGCUUGUAACUAAAAUACUUGCAUUUUCUUGUCAUUUUUUUACCCUUCUUUCCUUCACUUUGCUUUCUUCUUUCCCUUAAUUUAAUUUAUUCAUGUAAUUUGAAUUCA